AUGAAGGCUUCACUUCAAGUUCAAGUUCAAGGACAAGUUAUUGGAAUUCCAAUCAACUCAGCAGCAUACACCUUUGAGAGCUCGCCAAAGAGACUUCUACCUGAUCCUGCUAUUCAAUAUCCUGAAACUGGGCCUUCAAAACUGAGACCAACUGGUAGCAGAGUUAACUCAGUGCUUAAGAGAAUGAACAAGCUUGGGAAGAAGGCAGACAGUUUCGCGCAUGGAGUCAAAGAGCAUGUGAAACUGGGGCCCAAGAUCACAGAGACAGUGAAGGGGAAGUUGAGCCUGGGGGCUAAAAUUAUUCAAGUAGGUGGGUUGGAGAAGGUGUUCAAACAUGCAUUUAGUGUUAGAUCUGGGGAGAAGCUGUUGAAGGCUUCUCAGUGUUAUUUAUCAACCACAGCAGGUCCUAUAGCAGGCCUCCUCUUCAUCUCCACAGACAAGAUUGCCUUUUGCAGUGAGAGAUCAAUCAAACUCUCAUCACCAAAUGGAGAACUGAUUAGAGUCCACUACAAGGUGGUGAUCCCAGUGAAUAAGAUAAAGAGAGUAAACCAAAGUGAGAAUGUGAAGAAGCCGUCGCAAAAGUACAUAGAAAUAGUUACUGUGGAUAAUUUUGACUUCUGGUUUAUGGGUAUCUUGAACUACCAGAAAACUUUGAAAUAUCUCGAGGAGGCAAUUUCUCAAGCUUAG